UCCCGUAAAUGAGCGGUAAUAGAAGGCCGGUAUCGCAAUAAAUGGUGGAAAACGAGCAUCAAGAAGAUUCUACAGAGAGAAAUUAGCAGAAACAUGACAAAACCUAAUCAGUUUUCUGCGUGUCAUUGGUUCCUGUCUCUCCUCUCUCUUCUUUGCUACCCACACCACACACACACUCUGGAUCUGGAAUAACAACUACGUUUUGCGACAUCGAUUAUUUAGUUCCCAAAACCCUGAAACCCAGAUGGCUUCUAUAACAUAUCUCUUUCAUUCUCCAACCUUAAUUUCUUCUUCUUCACCAUCUUCUUCUUGGCCUUCCUCCACCAAAUAUAUUCUGCCCACUAAAACUUUCUCUUCUCAAUCUUCAAUAGGGCGUGCUUCGCUUCUUAAUGAUGAACAAUGUCGAAGGGGAAGAAGUCUUGUUCUGAGGUCAGCCAUGGAUGGAGUCUCUGUUCUUGACCCACCUCCUCCUCCUCCUCCUUCUGAUGAAUUUGAAGCCAAGAGUGAACUCCUUGCUUCCUUGAAGCUCAAGUUGCUGAGUGCUGUGUCUGGGCUGAAUAGAGGCCUUGCUGCAAACACAGAUGAUCUACAAAAGGCUGACGCUGCUGCCAAAGAGCUUGAAGCUGUUGGAGGACCUUUAGAUCUCUCAGUCGAAAUCGAUAAACUGCAAGGGCGUUGGAAAUUGCUAUACAGCAGUGCAUUCUCAUCUCGUACUUUAGGGGGGAGUCGCCCUGGACCUCCAACUGGAAGGCUACUUCCCAUUACUCUGGGCCAGGUCUUUCAACGAAUUGAUGUCUUGAGUAAAGAUUUUGAUAAUAUAGUUGAACUUGAAUUGGGUGCUCCAUGGCCGCUGCCUCCUGUUGAAGUAACAGCCACAUUAGCCCACAAAUUUGAACUUAUAGGAUCUUCAAAGAUUAAAAUAACAUUUGAAAAAACAACUGUAAAGACAACCGGAAACUUAUCACAACUUCCACCGCUGGAGAUUCCUCGGCUUCCAGAUGCAUUAAGGUCUCCAUCUAAUCCAGGAAGUGGUGAAUUUGAAGUUACCUACCUUGACAGUGAUACCCGCAUAACCAGAGGAGAAAGAGGAGAGCUCAGGGUUUUUGUGAUCUCUUAAUGUUUUCGCAUAUGCAGAGUGUAUAAUAUCCCUUAAAACUCCAACUCCCAUGGCCCAAUGUAUGUUCUCAUCUUUUUAUUCCUAGUUCUUUUAAUUGUUUAAUUUUACAUGUUAAUUUUGAUUGAUAUGUACACGAAGUAGCAUAAGGAAUCGAUUGUAAAGCAGUUUAUUUUUUCCAGGAACAAGUAACCAUUGUAUAAUUUUGUAUAUUUAAACGUUGUACAUAUACUCUUUCAUCACUUCCAUGACAGGUGACAGAAUUUGACA